AUGGACACCUACGCAAGAUAUUUUCCUCUUUGUCAUAUUCAUGGUAAAUGCAUUUCUUUUUAUAUUUCUCAAUUUAAAUAUAAUCUCAAGAACGUACAAAACAUUUGGAAUUGGACUCCAACAACUAAGCAGUAUGUUUCCUACACAAGGAAUACCUCUCGAUUGUUUCCAGGUAAUCAGCCUGAAAACGAUCGUAUCGAAGCUCAAAUGAAAUAUGUCCUACCAGGAGAGGAAAGAUGGGAAAAUUAUAAACGGAAUACGCACCAAAAUCAAUCAGAUUCUGAUCGAAUUGUAAAGUUAAAGCCAAUUAGACCAAAGUUUAAAACGUUGUUAAUAUACAGUUUCAGAUAUCUACCACCAUUGAAGGAAAAUCAAACGAGUUUCCUGGAAUAUAAAUGUCCAGUUAAUGAAUGUUUAGUCACAAAGAACAAAGCAAUGCAAAAUAGUGUAGAUGCUAUUUUCUUUCAUCAGAAAGUGGAACUAUCACGGAAACCAACCCACAGGAACCAAAUAUGGAUUUUUGAGACACGAGAGUGUCCUCUUCACGAACAAUCAGUGAGAUACCUGGGAAACAGAAUCAACUGGACGAUUACCUAUCGGCAGGACAGUACGAUUGUAUAUCCUUACGGAAAAUUUCGAUAUUUUAACAAGUCAGUAAGACAAAAAGUACAAUUUCAAAAUUAUGCAGCGGGAAAAACAAAGAAGGUUGCUUGGUUCGUAUCGAACUGUCGUCCAAGGAACAAUCGAAUGGGUUAUGCUAAGGAACUCGGAAAAUAUAUCCAGGUGGAUAUUUACGGUAGAUGUGGUACAAAAUUUUGCACGAAGAGAAAAUGUCUUAAGAUGUUAAAAAAGGAAUACAAAUUUUAUUUGGCAUUCGAAAAUUCCAAUUGUAGAGAAUAUAUUACUGAAAAAUUUUUCUAUACUGGUUUGAAAUAUAAUGUUAUUCCAAUUGUAAUGGGUGCCCGUCCCGACGACUUUCGUAAAGUAGCACCCGAGAAUUCAUACAUCCACUACGAAGAUUUCAAAUCCCCGAAAGAAUUGGCAGAUUAUCUGCAUAAACUUGAUAAAAAUGAUACUCUUUUUAAUGAGUAUUUCAAAUGGAAAGGAACAGGAUAUUUCUUUGAUACCAAACUUUGGUGUCGUGUUUGUGCGAUGCUACACGCUGCCGAUUAUUACAAGCCGACAUGGUAUGAAAACGUAUGGGAAUGGUGGGCAGGAAAGGGUCAGUGUAUUGGAAAGGAACGGUGGACAUAAAACAUAGGAUAUUGUGAUAUAAUGUCCAUGAUGUAUUCAUUGAGCGGGAUUAAAUAUAUUGAGGGAGAGAGAGAGGGAGAGAGAGAGAAAUUGAGAGGGGGUGGGGUG